UUUAUUUCGAACCAAAUGGAACACUCGAAAAACAACAACAAAGAUUUAAACUUGUAUUCCAAAAUGGCUGCCAGAAAAGCGUGGCUCUUUGUUGUUCUUUUUAUGAUCUCAGCUUCGUUCAUCUAUUGUGAAGAUGAAAGUAUUGUUAAGCCUGUAAAAGAAGGAACAGAUGAACCUGCUUCGAAGCCCACGAAUGAAGAAAGCAAUUCUGUUCAAGAAGUAACUGAAGACUCAGGAGUUCUAGUUUUAACAGAUAAAAACUUUGAUCAAGUUAUCAACAGUAACAGUUUAAUUCUUGUAGAGUUUUAUGCUCCUUGGUGUGGACAUUGUAAAGCUCUAGCUCCAGAAUAUGCCAAAGCAGCAGAAAAAUUAAAGAAGAAUGAUCCUCCUGUGCCACUUGCUAAAGUUGAUUGUACCACUGAAACUAAAAUAGCUGAUAGGUUUGAAGUUCAGGGUUAUCCUACCUUGAAAAUCUUUAAAGAUGGUGUUGCUGUAGAUUAUGAAGGGCCACGUGAAGAAGCAGGUAUUGUUAAAUUUAUGAAAGAACGUUCUGAUCCUAACUGGAAACCUCCACCAGAGGCUGUUAUCACUCUUACAAAGGAUAAUUUUACUGAAGUAACAAGCAGAGAGGAAAUAAUGCUGGUGGAAUUUUAUGCACCAAGAUGUGGCCACUGUAAAAGAUUAGCUCCAGAGCUUGAAAAAGCUGCCCAAACUCUUCAAAAACGGCAACAACCAAUUUUAAUUGCUAAGAUUGAUGCAACUGUGGAAAUGGAUCUCGCUGAACAACAUAACGUUUCUGGCUAUCCGACAAUGGUUGUCUAUAGAAAAGGAAAGGUGUCUGAGUAUAAGGGCCCAAGGGAGGGACCAGGUAUUUCUGAAUAUAUGAUCUCACAUUCUGGAUUACCCACAAAGCUUUACGAAAACUUAGUCGAAGUUAAAAAGUUUUUAAAAUCAAAUUUUGACGAGCCUGUCAUGUUGGGCGUGUUUGAUUCAGAAGAGGACGUUAUGUUUCAACUGUUUGUUGAUGCAAACAAUGAUAUUAGAGACGACUACGUCUUUGGACACACUUUCUCAAAAGACGCGAAAAAGUUUUUUAAGCUCCAACAAAGUGCUAUCAUUGUGGCCCAUCCAGAACAUUUAGUAUCAAAAUAUGAACCAAGAUACCAGUUAUAUAAGGACGAAUCUGGCAGUCCAUCAGAAGUUCAAUCGUUCUACAAGAAACAUCACGUUCCCUUGGUGGGAAACUACCAACAACACAUCGCUGGACGAUUUUCCAAAAGACCCUUGGUUUUGGUAUUUUAUGAUGUCAAUUUUAAAAUAGAAUACAGAUCAAUGACUCAAUUUUGGAGAAACAAAGUGCUGUCAGUCGCUAAAGAAUACCCAGAUUUCCAAUUUGCUGUGGCCGAAGAAGCUCAAUUCGAAGACAAACUAAAAGACUUGGGUUUAGAUGAAUCGGGUGAAGAUGUCAACGUAGGUUUGUACGAUGAAAACGAUCGCAGAUAUGCUAUGGUGGAUGAAGAGUUUAGCGAAGAUAGUUUGACGGAAUUUUUAGAAGCCUACAAAGCAGGAAAACUCAAACCAAUUAUUAAGUCGCAACCCAUACCAAGUAGAGUUAAACCUGGCAAAGUUCAGGCCGUCGUUGGUCACUCCUUCGAUAAAAUAGUUAUGGACGAAAGUAAAGAAGUAUUCAUUGAAUUUUAUGCACCAUGGUGCGGCCACUGUAAAGCUAUUGAAAAUAAUAUCAUUGAAGUAGCCAAGAAGUUCAAGAAUGAGAAGGAUAUCGUUAUUGCUAAGAUCGAUGGUACAGCCAACGAGGCGCCAUCUCAAUAUAAAGUAGAAGGAUUUCCCACUAUUUAUUAUGCGCUACCUGGUAGGAAGACAGAACCAAUCAAAUUGGAAGGAAAGCGAGACACAGAGGGUUUACAGAAAUUCAUUGAAGAAAAUUCAGAAAUUUUGAAAAAGAAAGCGAAGAAGGAGGAGUUGUGAAAAUUUAUAGGAAUAAUCUUAAUUUAAAGAAAUGUUUAUAUCAUGUCGA